AUGAUUGAGCUUGGCUUGGGCCGUGUUGCACGAUUGCUUCAGCAGACCACCCUCUCAUGGAGGUCCAUUCACAUCGCUGGGACCAACGGGAAAGGUUCCAUCAGUGCCUAUCUCUCUCACUUACUAUCCGCUGACGGUGUUCGAUGUGGCCGCUUUAAUUCUCCACAUCUAAUUGACCGAUGGGAUUGUAUCACAAUUGGCGAACGAGUCGUUCAAGAAUCCCUUUUCCGAAAAAUCGAGGAACAGGUUAAACUUCGAGACAAAACUCUGGGAAUCGGCGCCUCCGAGUUCGAACUAUUGACUGCUACUGCCUUCGAGAUAUUCAACCAUGAAAAUGUCGAAAUUGGCGUGGUAGAGGUGGGCAUGGGUGGUCGCCUGGAUGCCACAAAUAUUCUAGACAAUGUGUUGGUAUCAGUCAUAACGAAGAUUGGCAUGGAUCACCAGGCUUUUCUGGGCUCUACAAUCGAGGAAAUUGCCCUAGAGAAGGCUGGUAUUCUAAAGCCCGGUGUACCAUGCGUGAUUGAUAAUACCAAUGAAGCGGCAGUGAUUGCGACCUUGUCGCAUCGCAUCCAAGAGCUUGGAAUCGAUGCAACUUUCGUCUCUCCAGAUAUGGCUGGGGCGCAAGCUCCACUACUUGCACAAUUGUUCCAGGAAUGGGAUCUUGAACCCCAUCAACAACAGAACAUGUGCUGCGCAGUCUCGGCGCUUCGCCUUGCUUUGCCUCGCGUUCGUCCCAAUCAUGAUGUUCUGUCUCUACUUCCACAUCUUGCCCACGUUAAAUGGCCUGGUCGAUUGGAGGAUGUCUCCAUUCAGGCUUUGACUUCCCGCCAAGAGUCCGCCCUUAUAGACGGUGCUCAUAACUUACAAUCAGCUGAAGUUCUGGGAAAGUAUGUGGACCGUAAACUGCGGCCGCAUGCUAAGAACGUAACCUGGGUGGUUGCCGCGUCGAGUGGGAAGGAUCUUGCGGGUGUUUUCAGCUCGAUCAUCCGCUCGGGUGAUAAUGUCGCAACUACAGAGUUUGGACCAGUGGAUGGAAUGCCCUGGGUCAAAUCAACCAAUGCUGUUGACCUUACGUUGGCGAUUCGGUCUAUCCCCGAGAUAGGCCAAGUACAGAGCUUUGAAGGUGACCUACUCUCUGCAAUCAACUGGGCUAGCGAGACCAGUCAAAGUCAGCCACUUGUUAUCGCAGGUAGCCUGUACCUGAUAUCUGAUGUACAUCGCUUGCUUCGUGAUGCGCAUACGAAAUGA